CUCUCUCAACCCAUGAUUUCUCUCUCUCUCUCCUCUCUCUCUCUCUCUCCAAAAGUAUAGUCUAGUCUUUAGUCAUGGCGGAUGGUUUCGAACCCUACCAUGUCCCACAACAAAGCAGAAGAGAUAAGCUCAGAGUGGUCGUCCAAACCGACCCCUCCGGGUGCGCAGGUUUACUCCCUCUCUACGAUCCAUCUCUCUUCCCCUCCGAUUUGCUAUCCUGCGCCAAUCUCCACCACCACCAAAACAACCACAACCCACUUCUGGAUGAACCCACCAAGCCAAACCCAACUCAUAAUUCAACUGUCAAACGAGAGGGUGUGAAUUUGAUGGGUUAUGUAGGUUCAUCAUCUUCCACUUCACAACAACAACAACAACACAUCUAUAUGGAUCCACAAUCUUCUUUACACAUGAACCCUAGCUCAAUUCAUGAUAUUAGCAACAACCCAUUUCUCUUCACCCCUCAAAACCUUAGAGUUUAUGAUCAGUCCUUUAAUGGUGAUGAAGUUGUGGUGUAUAAACCUGAACCAUUGUCUUUAUCUCUCUCUUCCCAUCAAACCCACCAAAGCACUCUUCCUCUAGAACUCAAUCCACAAAGAUACGAGUCUUCAAUUUUCACUGACAAGGUCUCCGGUGGUGUCUAUGUUGUUCCGAGCAUUGUUGGUGGCGGCGGCGGCGGCGGUUCGGGGGCGAAUGACUUGUCGAGGAGCUCGGUCCCUCUCGGGCCGUUUACGGGUUAUGGGUCGAUUCUGAAGGGGUCGAGGUUCUUGAAGCCUGCACAGCAAUUGUUGGAAGAGAUUUGUGAUGUGGGUUUGGGGAUUUACGCUGAAAAGAUCACCGAAGACUCGGGUUUGAUGGAUGCUCCGGUGGAGAAUUUGGGUGGAAGUGGGGUUGUUGAGGAGUCGGUUAGCGGCGAGCAGCGGAAGAAGAAGUCGAGGCUGAUUUCUAUGCUGAAUGAGGUUUACAGGAGGUACAAGUAUUACUACCAACAGAUGCAGGCAGUUGUAGCGUCUUUCGAAUCUGUUGCAGGGCUCAGCAAUGCAGCUCCAUAUGCAAAUUUGGCUUUAAAAGCCAUGUCUAAACACUUCAGAAGCUUGAAGAAUGCAAUCACUGAUCAGUUGCAGUUUACAAACAAAGAUCAAAAUGACCCAAAAGAUGAAACUCCAAGGCUUGGUAUCCCUGAUGCCCUUUAUAGCCAAAGACCGGUUCACAACUUGGGAUUUCUUGAAAAUCAACCUGUUUGGCGACCCCAAAGAGGACUUCCUGAGCGGGCCGUGAAUGUGCUCAGGGCAUGGUUGUUUGAACACUUCCUGCACCCCUAUCCUACUGACACGGACAAGAUAAUGUUGGCAAAACAGACCGGUCUCUCACGAAGCCAGGUUUCCAAUUGGUUUAUCAAUGCGAGGGUGAGACUUUGGAAGCCCAUGGUGGAAGAAAUACACAUGCUCGAAACACGACAAACUCAAAAAUCCAUGCAAAGAGAUGAUCAAAAUGUCGAUAGGCCAAGUGAUCCGAGUGAUCAUCUGCCUCCAGGCACAUCACUGGCUUCUGAAAAUCCAUCCACAUCCACCAAGAGGACCAGAAACGACUUUCCUAAUAAGUCUAUGGGAACCGAAGAGCCAAUGAGUUUAUCUUACGGAAACUUGUCACGCCAUCAUGGCGGUGGGGGUGUCUCAUUAACGCUAGGACUGCAUCAAAAUAAUGGGAUCGGGUUAUCAGAGCCCACCUUCCCACUCAAUGCGGCUCGGCGUUUUGGUCUCGAUCCAAACAGUGAGGGGUAUGUAAUGGGUGGUAGUUUUGAAGCGCAGAAUCGACAGUUUGGAAGAGAUGUUAUUGGAGGGCAAUUUUUGCAUGAUUUUGUCGGAUGAUGAUGAUAUAGUGAUGAGAGGUUUUUGAUUGGAUGUGGUUUUUUUUUUUUUUAUGCACUGCCUGAAUCGAAGACUCCAAGCUCGGCAAAUCUUUUUAAGGAUUGGUGCAUUCUGAUGGUGUAAUAUGUUGUUAUCCCAUGCAAAUAGAGAUCAGUAAAUACAAAUUUCAUACAUUGGGUUUGGGUGUAUUAUUAUUCUUAUCAUCCCCCUCUUAGAUGUGUAUAGAAGUGUAUUGAUAUUGUUGUUUUGCAAGGGAAAAUGCCGGAAGAGUGUUUUGGUAAA